AUGAACAGUGGAACUCAAUGUCUAUCAAAUACUUAUCAACUAACAUAAUACUUUUUAUCGAACAAGUACUUCGAAGAAAUUAAUGAAGAUAAUCCAUUGGGAACUAAAGGCUAAUUAGUUAGAAAAUUCGGAUCACUACUCAAAAAGUUGUGGUGUGGUGAUAAAAACAUUGUAAUUCCAACCAGUUUUAAGAAAGCAGUUGGCUAAUUCCAACCCAUGUUUAAGGGAUAUUAAUAACAUGAUUCUUCAGAAUUGAUAACAUUUUUAUUAGAUGGAUUACAUGAGGAUUUAAAUAGAGUAAAGAAGAAACCAUAUGUGGAAUCUAAGGAUCACUAAGGUAGACCUGAUGUUGAAGUUGCUAAGGAAGGUUGGGAAAACCAUUUGGCCAGAAAUCAAUCAAUUAUAGUAGAUUUAAUGCAUGGGCAAUACAAAUCAACUUUGAAGUGUCCAAAUUGCUAGUAGAUUUCAAUUACUUUUGAUCCUUUCUUAACUGUUGGAUUAGGCAUACCAAAUAGGAAAUAAAAAUCCAUAUAGAUUAAAGUUAUUAAAUCUGUAGUCUCUAUUGAGAGUAAAUAUAUCAAUUUUGACGGCUCUAAGAAGAAUCAAUCUCUUAAGGACUUUAUAAAUGAAUAUGUAAUAAACGAAUUUAAAAUUGAUCCCGAUAGUGAACUAAUAUGCUAUUCAUCUGUUAUGAAUGAUUUAUCAGAUCCGAUAAAUCUUGGGUCAGAUAUUAAUACGGCAAGGAAGAAUUCCAAGAGAGGAUACUUGGUGGUGAAGGUAUUGAGUCAGGAUGAAAGGAAGAUAGAAAAUAAUGAGCGAAUCUAUUUGAAUUUUGUUCAAAAAGCCUAUGAUUCAUAUGGACACAAUUUUAAGAAAAUUAUACAGCCUUCAACUUAUUUGAUAAUAAAGAGAGAGUACAGUCUAGCUUAGAUCCAUCUGAAGAUAUUCCAGUUUCUGUUACCUAUAUUCUGCGAUAUUGUAUAGGAAGCUGAAUUGGAUACAGAAGAGAAGUUUGAGGGAAUAUUAUGA